AUUGCAAUACAGGGGAAAAGUACGAGAUUUGGUCUUUAAUAAUAAUUAAACUGUCCCUGGACAAGUCGAAACGGGAAACAUGUGGUCAUCUGCUUUGAUCUUGCUGGUAAUUCCUGCAUCCUGCGCCAUUCAGCUGGAGCAACCUUCCGGAGAGUUCUUUUCCCCGAAUCACCCUCUGCAAUAUCCAGCGUUCAGCAAUAAGACCUGGGACAUCUCUGCACCACAAGGUUACGUCGUGAAAGUUUAUAUCCCUUACUUGGACAUUGAGCGAUCGGAAGGAUGUCAGAGCAGCUACUUACAGAUCCUUUCGGAGGGAAGGGAACUGGCCAAGCUGUGUGGCAGGUGGGAAGAUGAUGGUAGCAAUCUGAAACAGUAUGAAUACUAUUCCACCAGCAACACACUGAGUGCCUUGUUCACAUCCAAGAAUCUUGAAUCCAAGCCGUUCACUGGAUUUCUCGCCCUCUACUCCCGUGUCGAUAUCAAUGAGUGUGCUGUCGAUGACCAUGGGUGCAGCCAUUACUGCGGGAACACCAUUGGUAGCUACCACUGCUACUGCCCACGUGGUUUUGUCAUUCAGAGCGAUGCACGCACCUGCAAGAAAGUACACGUGUUUUGCCCCAAUCGGGUUCUACAGAACAGUAUCCUGGACCCCUCCUGGCCAAGGUUCGAUGUUCGAGACACCGUGAAGGUGACCUGUGAACCAGGAUAUGAAAUAGUCAAGGGAUAUCAGACAAUCCCACACUUUUACGCAGAAUGUCACGAAGAUGGGACUUGGAAGACUCCAGAUUACAGCUGCCAGCUUGUGGAUUGUUCAGUUCCACCUUCAAUUGAGAACGGGCAGUUUGCGUUUAUUACGAAAGCCGCUGUGACCACCUACAAAGCUACAAUUCGGUACCAGUGUGAUGAGCCUUAUUAUCAGCUGCAGAUAGACCAUCAUCGAGACUUCCACUGCACAGCUGAAGCAACGUGGGAAAAUAAUGCGACAGGUCAAGAUCUGCCGAAAUGCACCCCAGUGUGUGGGAAGCCCAGUAACCCACUGGUCUUCGGUGAGAGGAUCCUGAAGGGCUCGGUGGCGAAGAGGGGCAACUUCCCGUGGCAGGUGCUGUUCCAGAAACCCCGGGGGGCUGGGGCACUCAUCUCAGACCAGUGGGUGCUGACAGCUGCCCAUGUGGUCCACAGGAUGUCGGGAUUGUCCAUGAUCGCGGGUAUCACCGACACCAGGAAGGCGAGCGAGGGCACGCGGCUAUUCGCCGACGGGGUCUUCGUCCACCCGGGCUACCACCCCCCGCAGGACGACGCCUACGACUACAACAACGACGUGGCCCUUGUCCGCCUGAGGUCCAAGCUCCGGCUGGGAGCCGACCUGUCGCCCAUCUGUCUGCCCGGCCGCGAUGCCCGCCACGCCCUGCCCACCGGCAAGGUGGGGCUGGUCUCCGGCUGGGGGGUGACCGAGAACGACACGCUGCCCGAGCAGCUCAUGUACGUCCGGCUGCCGGUCAGGGAGCUGAGCGAGUGCCGCGAAAAGACGGCCGGGCUCCGCGUCACCGUCACCGACAACAUGAUCUGCGCCGGCGACCAGUCGGGGGCGGACAGCUGCCAGGGUGACAGCGGGGGGGCCUUUGUCUUUGCCCGCCCCAAGCCCCGACGCAACGAGUUCUUCGUGGGCGGGGUGGUCUCAUGGGGGGUCAACUGCGGCACGUUUGGCUUCUACACCAAGGUGGCCAACUACCUGGACUGGAUCGAGAAAACGAUGAGGGAGAAUGAACCUCUUCCCUCGCCUAGCGCCGGGGCUCUGCUCGUACUGUGGGGUUUAGGUGACGGGGCGUUGGCCGAAGCUAACCACUCUGGCGUUUAUGGUGAGAUUUAUUUGACAAAUUACCAACAUGACGAUGCUCGGGCGUGGGACAUUGAGGUCCCACCGGGAUUUGCUGUGGGAUUUCACUUCCGCCACUUUGAUUUGUCAGCAUCUCCGUCAUGUAAGCGGCACUAUUUGGAGGCUUUCGCUGGGAGACAACGGCUGGGCAGACUUUGCGGCAACAGAACCUUAAUCCAACUGCACCUUCCAAGCUCAAAAUUGACAACCUCCGGUAACCACAUUGUCAAAUUGCGCGUGCGUUGCAGGUCGACCAAUCAGAAGAGCAGACGGGGAUUUACCCUGUUUUAUGAAACUGUUGAUAUUGAUGAAUGUGGCUUUCGUUCAAAAGUGGAGUCGGUAUGUGACCAUGUUUGCCACAAUUAUAUUGGAGGAUAUCGGUGUUACUGUCAUCAUGGAUACAGUCUUCAGAGCGACAAGAAGACAUGCAAAGUCAUGGACUGUGGUCCCCCUCCUGAUCUCGAAAGUGGAAGCUACGAGUACAUCACCAAGCGGGACGAGACCCUGCUCCAUUCAGUCGUCAGAUACAAGUGCAAGGAGGUGUAUUACACAAUGGUGGGCGGAGGAGAUGGGCAGUAUACCUGCCAGGCGAACGGGAAAUGGAUGAAUAGCGAAUCAGGUGACGCCCUCCCAUCGUGCAAGCCAGUGUGCGGGAAACCAGCAGUGCCCCCAUCUCUAGCCCAGCGUAUCCUCGGAGGGCACCCGGCCGAAGUGGGCAGCUUCCCCUGGCACGUGUACUUCGAGAGCACCGUGUGUGGCGGGGCCCUUGUGUCUGACCGCUGGGUGCUGACCAGCGCCACGUGUGUGGAAGGCGCCGGGGGUGUGCUGCGCCUGUUCGCCGGCGGAAUCGACCUGAACUCCCCAGAGGGCUGGCGGGGCCCGCUGGAGGCACGGCAGAUCGUGCGGCACCCGAGCUUCGGCGGGCGCCGAGCCGGCUUCGAAGGCGACGUGGCGCUGGUCAGGCUUGGGAGCCGGGUGGAGGCCGGGCGCCACCUCUCGCCCGUCUGCCUGCCCUCCCGGCGUUCCGGCUCCCGACCCGCGGCGGGCAAGGUGGGCUACAUCUCAGGGUUCGGGAGGACGGAACGCUUCGCCCAGAGCGACGUCUUGAUGUUCGCCGCUGUGCCGGUGGUGGAGGAGGUGCGGUGCGGGAACCUCUCCUCCUCCGCCCGCCACGGUGGUGCCCAGCUCACCAACAACAUGCUGUGCGCCGGGAGCCCAGGCAUCGAUGCCUGCACGGGUGAUGGUGGAGGGGCCUACGUCUUUGAGGACCCACUGAAGCCUGACACCUACUAUGUCGCCGGGAUAGUGUCCUGGGGGAUUCAGUGCGGGGCUUAUGGGAUCUACACUAACGUCAUCAACUACCUCGACUGGAUCGAGAAGACGAUGGCUGAGGAGGGCGAUGGUCAGAACUGAAUUCUCCCCCGGGAUAAGCUGCACUGGAGCUACGCGAUAUCGCUUACCAAUAAAAUGCCUCUGAUGAAAAAGAAACAUGAGCCCUUCUUUCUGCUGCAUGUUUCUGCUGGGUACACU